UCGUAUCUUUACUGAGCUGCGGAUUACAUGAAUUGAAAUUUUUUACUGCUAGUUUUUAGAGUUCAUUGUAUCUAUUUUUUUACAAUUUUUAUACAUUUUGUACGUGUGUUAAGUGACAUUGUAUAACUGGAAAAAAUGGCUACAAUUGUGCUCAAUGUGAAUGAAAUUAAAUCGAAAGCUUUAGAUGCUUUUGUGAAUAAAUUUGGAGAGAAUGCGAAUAUUUGUGUAUGCGCACCCGGUCGCGUGAAUUUAAUCGGGGAGCAUACUGAUUACAACGAAGGUUUCGUUUUACCGAUGGCAUUACCUAUGAUUACACUCAUUGUUGGAAAGCGUAAUAAUUUGGAAAAAUGUAAUAUUGUAUCUCUCAGUGAGGUAGUUAAUUCUGAAAAUUAUGUUGAAUUUGAAGUUAGCUCUCGUAAGAAUAUAAAACCAGGAGAACCAAAAUGGGCUAAUUAUGUUAAAGGAUGUAUCGCAAAUUUUACUUGUGAUGUGCCAUCUUUUAAUGCUGUGAUUGUAUCCUCUGUACCAGUUGGUGCUGGUUUAAGUAGUUCAGCUGCAUUAGAAGUUGCUACUUACACAUUUUUGGAAGCGUUAACUGGUGUAAAAUCAGAAAAACCAGAGGAUAAAGCUUUAGCAUGUCAACGUGCUGAACAUGAUUUUGCUGGAGUUCCAUGUGGUAUUAUGGAUCAAUUUAUUUCUGUAAUGGGCAAAGAAGGCCAUGCUCUUCUUCUCGAUUGCAGAGAUCUUAGUAUUAAACAAAUACCUAUAUCACAAAUAAACGAUUAUGUUUUUUUAAUUACUAAUUCUAAUGCUCCUCACAAAUUAAGUUCAAGUGCAUAUUGUAAACGUAGAGACUGUUGCUAUGAAGCUGCAAAAAGAUUAAAUAAAGGAAGUUUACGUGAAGUAUCUAUGAGUGAUAUUCAAGUUUUAAAAUCACAAAAUGUACCUGAAGAAAUGAUAAAACGAACUCGUCAUGUAAUCACAGAAAUUCAAAGAACAAUCGAAGCUGUAGAUGCUCUUCAAAAAGGAGAUUUUAAUAAAUUUGGACAGUUAAUGAACGAAAGUCACGAUUCUUUGAAAAAUGAUUAUGAAGUUUCUUCUAUUGAGUUAGAUACUUUGGUAGCAGCAGCAAGAGAGAUAAAUGGUGUCUUAGGAAGUCGUUUAACUGGUGCUGGUUUUGGAGGAUGUACAGUAACCUUAUUGAAAAAAGAUGUAAUUGAUGAAACAAUUAAUCACAUAAAAGCCAAGUAUUCUGGAAAUGCAACAUUUUAUAUAGCAACUCCUGCAAUGGGUGCAAGAAUUUUGGAUAUAAAUUAAGUAAUGUAAUAACGGAAAGUAAAUUAUCUAAUUUUAAUCAUAUUAUUAAAAUAAUUAAACAAAAUUUAUAAUUUACUUUCAUAGCUAUAUUAAAGAAAUUUGUUUAAUUUUUUAAAAAUGUUAUAUUGUUAGAGAAAUAUAUAUAUCUAUUAGUAACAUUUCAUUGAAAUUUUAAUUUUUAUGAUAUAUAUAUAUAUAUAUCUGAGACUUAAAAUAACGAGCUUGAAAUAUUUAGAGAAAGAGUUUAAAGCUAAGACUUUUUGAAAUACUAUGAAAUAUGCGUAUUAAAUAUAAUAAGAUGUUAUUUUUAAAUAGCACAUACAAUAAUACGUUUGUAUAAAAAGUCAUGUAAAAUACUAUUGACAGUGUACAUGGAUUGAUGUCAAUAUAUUCAUUUAUCUUUUUAUAUACA